AUGUUUGCUACGGGCCUCCUACAACUCCAAGCGAAGGAUUGGUGGGACGCACAUUCGAAGGAAUUGGGGGAUGACAAAGUACAAACGUUAACAUGGCAAGAGUUCAAGGAGCCGUUUCUGAUAUAUCAUAGCCCACAAUCCGCACUUGAUAAGAUUCAAGAAGACUUCCUACGUCUUCGACAAAAGGAUGAAACGAUUGAUGAAAUAACGAAUAAGUUCCUCGAGAAGGUGAAGUUUUGUGGGGAGAUAGCGGGGACUGAAAGGUUGAAAAUCAUACGUUAUCAUGCUAUGUUAAAAGCUGAAUAUCGGGAGUUCGUAAAUCCCUCCAAGUGUGCAACGUUGAAUGAAUUAAUCGACUGGGUAAGAGAUAGGGAGAUCGAGUUAAGAAGGCAGGUUGAACGGGGAGAGAAAAGGGUGGCGGAGAAGCCUACCAAUACAAACCCAUCGAAAAAGGCAAAAUAUCAAGAUCAAAACAGGAAAGAGAAGACAAGUAGUGGGAUUCCGACUUGCAAGACAUAUGGGAAACAUCAUUCGGGUGAAUGUUUGUUGGGAAAGAAAGGAUGCUACAAAUGUGGGCAAGAGGGACAUCCGUAUUAUAGGUACCCCGAAAACUCAAAAGCGUGUUACAGUUGUAAUCAAACGGGGCACAUUAAAGCGGAAUGUCCGAAACUCCAACCAGGGGCAAAGAAAGAUGGAAAGAAGGAUGAGUCUUCCAAGGCUCGAGGGAGGAUGUUUCAGUUAACCUCGGAUGAAGCUAAGGCUAGCCCGGAUGUGGUUUCAAGUAUAUUCUUGAUUAAUUCUAUGCCUAUGAAUGUUUUAUUUGAUUCCGGGGCUAGUAGGUCGUUUAUUUCUAAUGAAUUGUUAGUUCAUCCAUCGUUUAAGCUUGAAAAGAUGUUAGUACCCUUAGAAGUGGAAGUUGCUGAUAGUAAAAGCUAUUUGUUACAUGAUAUUUGUAGAAACUGUAAGAUCUUAAUCGAAGAUGAGGAAUUUAGUAUAGAUCUUGUUCCGAUGUACAUGGGGGAAUUUAAAGUAGUUGUAGGAAUGGAUUGGCUAGCCCAAAACCAUGCUGAAAUUCAACGCGGAAAGAAAGUCACUCAUGUAGUAACCUCGGGGGGGAAACGGGUAAGUGUUCGAGGCGAAAGGGUCAUCAAAUCGAAAUUGUGUUCUAUAAUCAAAGCUGUCAAACAUGUGAAGAACGGAGGUAAGGCGUAUCUAUCUUAUGUGAUUGACACCAAUCGAGGUGUUUCAAAGCUUGAAAAAGUGAAUGUAGUGAACGAAUAUCCGGAUGUGUUUCCAGAAGAUUUACCGGGGCUUCUGCCCGAGCGGGAAGUAGAAUUUAAGAUAGACCUUAGUCAAGGCGCAAAACCGGUAGCUAAAGCUCCUUAUCGUGAAGCAGAGCAUGCUUCCCAUUUACGUGAUGUAUUGGAAACGCUUCGUAAGGAAAAGUUAUAUGCAAAGUUCCCAAAGUGUGCCUUUUGGCUUAGAGAGGUACAAUUUAUGGGUCAUGUAAUUGAUGCGGAUGGUGUCCAUGUGGACCCGUCCAAAGUAGAUGCGGUAAUGAAUUGGGUACCCCCGAAGAAUCCAAGCGAAAUAAAAAGUUUUAUGGACUUGGCUGGGUAUUACAGAAGAUUUAUCCAGGAUUUCUCCAAAAUAGCCUCACCCAUGACGAAAUUAACAAAGAAGAGCGAAAAUUUUAUAUGGGGCAAAGAAUAA